AGUCAUCUGUUGUCCUCCUUCCCCUUUCUAGAGCUGAUUUUGAUGAUUCUGCUACCUAUUCAGCAGUUGCGACAAAUGUCCAUGGGCAGGCAUCAACUAAUUGUGCUGUGAUUGUGCGAAGAUUCAGAGAGGAUGAAGAGCCUCAUCCAGCUGGGAUAAUGCCCUUCCACUUGCCCCUCUCGUAUGAUGUUUGUUUCACUCACAUUGAUGUCCAGUUUCUGGAGAAGUUUGGAGUCACCUUUGGAACUGAAGGUGAAACACUGACACUGAAGUGUUCUAUGUUGAUCACCCCAGACCUGAAAAGACUACGACCUCGUGCUGAGUGGUAUAGAGAUGAUGUGCUGAUAAAGGAAUCCAAGUGGACGAAGUUAUAUUUUGGAGAAGGGCAGGCAGCUCUGUCCUUUACCCAUCUGAACAAAGAUGAUGAAGGUUUAUAUACCCUGCGUAUGGUUACGAAAGGUGGAGUGAGUGAAUACAGUGCAUACCUGUUUGUCAGAGAUGCUGAUGCAUUGAUUGCAGGAGCACCGGGAGCACCAAUGGAUGUUACAUGCCAUGAUGCUAACAGAGACUAUGUUAUUGUUACCUGGAAACCACCUAACACAACCAGUGAGAGCCCAGUCAUUGGAUAUUUUGUUGACAAAUGUGAAGUAGGUUUGGAAAACUGGGUCCAGUGCAAUGAUGCUCCUGUAAAAGUCUGCAAGUAUCCUGUGACUGGUCUUUACGAGGGACGAUCUUACAUAUUCCGUGUGAGAGCAGUGAACAGUGCUGGCAUUAGCAGGCCUUCUCGAGUCUCUGAACCAGUUGCAGCUCUUGAUCCCAUUGACCUGGAAAGAACACAAACUAUUCAUGUGGAUGAAGGGAGAAAGAUUGUGAUCAGCAAGGAUGACCUUGAAGGCGAUAUUCAGAUUCCAGGCUCUCCCACCAAUGUACAUGCUUCAGAAAUCAGCAAAACAUAUGUUGUACUCAGCUGGGAUCCACCUGUUCCCCGUGGCAAGGAGCCACUGACGUAUUUCAUUGAGAAGUCCAUGGUUGGCAGUGGAAGCUGGCAAAGAGUCAAUCCACAGGUUGCAGUAAAAUCUCCUCGUUAUGCAGUGUUUGACCUUGCAGAAGGAAAAUCAUAUGUUUUCCGAGUCUUGUCAGCAAACAAGCAUGGCAUCAGUGAUCCAUCUGAAAUCACACAACCUAUUCAACCACAAGAUACCAUUGUUGUCCCAUCUGCACCUGGUCGGGUAGUGGCCACAAGGAAUACAAAAACAUCAGUUGUAGUUCAAUGGGAUAAACCAAAACAUGAAGAGGAUUUAUAUGGCUACUACAUUGACUGUUCUGUGGUGGGAUCUAAUCACUGGGAACCUUGUAACCAUAAACCUAUUAAAUACAACAGGUUUGUUGUUCAUGGUUUGGAAACUGGAGAGCAGUAUGUCUUCCGUGUGAAAGCUGUGAAUGCUGUAGGAUUCAGUGAAAACUCACAAGAGUCAGAGGCUAUAACAGUACAGGCAGCCCUUACUUGUCCAUCAUAUCCUCAUGGUAUCACACUUUUGAACUGUGAUGGUCAUUCAAUGACCCUUGGCUGGAAAGCACCAAGGUACAGUGGAGGUUCACCAAUCCUUGGUUAUUAUAUGGAUAAACGGGAAGCUAACCAUGAAAACUGGCAUGAAGUCAAUUCUUCCCUUAUUAUCCGGACAAUUUAUACGGUAGAGGAUUUGACAGAAGAUGCCUUCUAUGAAUUCAAAGUUGCUGCUGCAAAUCUGGUUGGAAUAGGUCAACCUUCAGAUCCCAGUGAGCAUUUUAAGUGUAAAGCCUGGACUAUGCCAGAGCCUGGUCCUGCCUAUGAGCUCACGGUUUGUGAAGUUAGAAAUACAUCACUGGUUCUUCUGUGGAAAGCUCCUGUGUAUGAAGGCAAAAGCCCUAUUACUGGGUAUUUAGUGGACUAUAAGGAAGUAGAUACAGAAGACUGGAUUACUGCUAAUGAAAAACCUACUUCGAAACGUUAUUUUAAGGUCACUGAUUUACAUGAGGGUCAUACUUAUGUUUUAAAAGUUCGUGCAGUAAAUGAUGCUGGGGUAGGCAAGUCAUCUGAGAUAUCUGAACCAGUGCUUGUCGAGAUGCGGCCAGGAACAAAAGAAAUCUUUUCAGGUGUGGAUGAUGAGGGCAAUAUUUACCUGGCUUUUGAUUGCAAAGAAGCUACUGAUGCAUCUCAUUUUGUGUGGGGUAAAUCAUAUGAGGAGAUUGAAGAUACUGAUAAGUUUAAGAUUGAAACAGAAGGAAAUCAUUCUAAGCUGUAUUUCAAAAAUCCUGAUAUAUCAGACUUGGGAACUUACUCUAUCUCAGUUAGUGACACAGAUGGGAUUUCAUCCAGCUUUGUUAUGGAUGAUGAAGAGCUUGAACGUUUGAUGGCAUUAAGCAAUGAAAUAAGGAAUCCGACAAUACCGCUGAAAUCAGAAUUAGCUUAUGAGGUUCUUGAGAAAGGAGAAGUUCGUUUCUGGAUUCAGGCUGAAAGCUUAUCACCAGAUUCUUCCUUCAGAUUCGUUAUUAAUGAUAAAGAAGUGGAAAACAGUGAUAGGCAUAAAAUAAAUUGUGAUCAUUCAAACGGCAUUAUAGAAAUGGUGAUGGACCGAUUUACAAUUGACAAUGAGGGUACCUACACAGUACAGAUUCAAGAUGGAAAGGCCAAGAACCAGUCCUCAUUAGUUCUCAUUGGAGAUGCAUUCAAGGCAGUAUUGGCUGAGUCUGAGCUCCAGCGAAAGGAAUUUCUGAGGAAGCAAGGUCCCCACUUCUCAGAGUUUUUGUAUUGGGAAGUUACAGAGGAAUGUGAAGUUUUACUUGCUUGUAAG